AGAAGGCUCCCAGCUGGUUGGAAUGUUAGAGAAGUUUCUCGACUCUGAGCACAAAUGUUUAUUUAAGCUCCUGCCAGGGAUCGGAAGGGAAAGCAGCAGGUAGACCGAGGAAACAAACGUCUUAAGUUGGGGGGUUUCUCGCUCCCUCGAAGAGAUUUUUCACCAACAAGGUUUGUCCUCACUCAGUGCUGUUUUUGACUUAGAAGAAAAUCAUGGCUGACGGCCAGAUGCCCUUUUCCUGCCACUACUCCCCCAGGCACCGACAUGUCCGAGACCGAUUCAGAGAGCCUGGCUUGUCCUCUCGACUCCUGGACGAUGACUUCGGCAUGUGCCCCUUCUCUGGGGACCUGACUGCGGACUUGCUGGAUUGGGCUCGCCCACGACUGACCAGUACCUGGCCCGGUCCACUGCGAUCAGGAAUGGCCCGAGCCUCUGGCAUGCCCCCGCCUGGAUACGGCUCCAGGUUUGGCAGUUACCCUGAAGGUCGGAGUCCUGCUCCCUUCUCUGGGGAGCCCUGGAAGGUGUGUGUCAACGUGCAAAGCUUUAAACCCGAGGAGCUGACAGUGAAAACCAAGGACGGCUAUGUGGAAGUGUCAGGCAAACAUGAAGAGCAACAGGAAGAAGGAGGAAUAGUCUCCAAGAACUUCACCAAGAAAAUCCAACUUCCAUAUGAGGUGGAUCCUGUCACAGUUUUUGCUUCCUUAUCGCCAGAGGGUCUGCUGAUCAUUGAAGCUCCACAGAUCCCUCCCUACUGCCAGUACGGAGACAGCAGCUAUGGCAACGAGAUCCCAAUGGACAGCCAAGAAGCAACCUGUGCUUAAAGGGUCUUCCCCAUUCCCUUUCUUCCCACUCCCUCCCUGAAAAGAUUUCUCUCCAAUUCCAGACGUGAUUGCGUUAGCUGAAAGGAAGUGUACAUUGGAUAUUUUCUUAAAGGGUCGUGUUUCCUCACAUUUUACAAACAUAUUCUUGUUCAAAUCAGAUUGAUUUUGCACUGGGAGGUGGUGGUUGACUGUAAGCCUCCAGUACCAUUAUAACGUUGUUCUUUGUCAUACGGUUGCACCUAGAUGGCCUAAGAGAGCUCAGAGCUCUGUUGUGCUAGGCACUCGACAUACUAACAGUCGUAGCUAGUCCGCGUCCCAGUGAGCUUACAACCGAAAUAGGCAAGACAGAUGAAGGAUGGGAGGCGAAGUGACUUACCUGAGGUCAUACACAAGGUCAAUGGCAGAGUCAAGAACAGAACCCAGGCCUCUUAGACUUCUAGUUGAGUGCCUUAAUUACUAGACCAAACUGCACUUCCCUAUUAUUGGUCACAUUUUUCUCCAGUAGCUGCCACUGACCAGCAUGGGGCAGAGAAUUUACCAUAGCAAGGUCCAAGCAGUGGUUGAAAUCCCCUUACAAACUGCUCCCAGGCUCUGAUCCUAGCGAGUCUUAUUGAAACUGGAGUAGAUAGCUCCAUAGCUCCAACUUCUCUCCUCGACACUUCCCCCUCAGCAAUAAGUAUCCAAUCCAGCCCACAGUUUCACCAAGGUUUUAUAGAGGUCUUACAUGCUCCAAUAUUGUUUAUCUGUAUAUCAGACAGAACAAAGUGGAUGUCUUCUUUAUUAUUAUUAUUUUGCUAUAUGUUAGAGAUGGAAUAUUUAUGACAAUAUCAAAAAUCUUUUCUCCUCUUCAAUUCAAAUGCAACUCUGUAGUCGUACCAAUUGUGCGUCUUUUUCCUUGUCCUCAUUUGAACGACUGCUCUUUAAACAGCCUCUUGCCAGCAUCUGCACUAGCGACGGAAAGAUGUUGUUGCUUCGUAGACAGACAAACUGACAGAUCUGACAUAUUUCAAAAUGUAAAUUGUGUGCAUGUUUGGAACCUUUUUUCCAAAGAGGAUUUGUGCUUUUAUUGGACAAACGAUGAAUAAAAGUAGUUGACAUUC